AUUUAUGCUCCCUCUUUCUCAAAAUUAAAGAAGAGGACAAAAGAAUAUUUAGAUCUUGGUAAAUCUGGGAAGGUCUGGGAGAACUAUUUUCGUCCGUUUGAAUGGCGUGCACAGGAUUAUGACUUUUACGCAAAAAAUUCCGGUUUUAUGGAUGAGAUAUCUGUCAUAAAAGAUACUAUCGAGAUUCCGGUUAAAGAUCUUCUUCAAUGUAUGAUUGUAAGUUUUUCGCAUCAAAGUUGCGUCAUAGAGGGAAAUUCACUAGGAAGUGCAGAGUCACAAAUCAUUUGGGAAAAAAUGAACCAAGACUAUAACAUUGACGAUUUGCAACGUGAGGGAGCACAAUUACCCGAGCCGAAAUCUCUUCUCGAUAAACCUGGAAAGGAGAUUGAAGUUGUCGAAAUCCGUAACCACCUGCUUGCGACCCAUUACUUAUACAAUACUUUGCUAAAGUCAGAACAAGAAAUAAACAUCGACAAUAUAAAGAAGAUCCAUCAUACUCUUUUGAAAGAUACCCCACAGGAGAGAGUUAAUGUAUGGGGCAAAAUCCAGCAAGCAGGAAUGUUUCGAACAAUGCCAAUGCAGGCAGUAGGUUAUCAAUUGACCGUUUAUCCGUAUGGAGAGGAAGUGCCCGCGUUGACGGAAAGGUUUGUACAAUUUUACAACAAGACCGUCACUAGCGAUAAUGUUGAGGUUCAUGAACCAUAUCAAAUCCACCCUCUUAUGAACGCAUGUCGCAUACUUUCGUCCAUCCUUCAUAUUCAUCCAUUCUACGAUGGUAAUGGACGUGUGGGACGUUCACUCAUGGCGCUUUAUCUUGCCCGUGGUGGCUUUCCACCCCCUGUUUUUCAACAACUUGAUCGAAAAGAAUAUGCGGACGCAUUGUAUAAGGCUCAGGCAGAGAAGGAUAUGGUCCCGUUAUAUAACAUAGUGAUAGGAACCAUCUUUGAUAUUUUAGCAUCAUAUACGUGGUUACCCAUUAAAUAG